GCUCCAGGAGCGCGCUGCACGGCUAUCCCUUGGACACAGCGGAUCACCGAUCAAUGGAAAGAGCCGAAGAUGUCAGCUCGGUCAUGUGAUCAGCUGUGUCCAAUCACAGCUGAUCACAUCCAUCACUCUGACAGCUCGUGAGGAGUGGAGAGCCGGUAAUCGGCAUUCCUCUGAGGGGACAUGUACACAGAUCAUUAGGGGACUAAUGAUCAGUGUGCCCUGAUGAUCAGUGUAGCCCCAGCAGUGCCACCUGUCAGUGUCCAUCAAUGCCACCUGCCAGUGCCCAUCAGUGCACAUAUCAGUGCCUACCAGUACACAUCAAUGCCACAUAUAAGUGCCCAUCUGAGCUGCCUUUCAGUGUCACCUAUCAGUGCCAGUCAGUGCCACCUAUCAGUGCUGCCAAUCAGUGCCCCCUAUCAGUGCCACCUAUCAGUGCCCAUCAGUGAUUCCUAUCAGUGCCGCCUAACAGUGCCAGCCAGUGCUGCCUAUCAGUGCCAACUAUCGGUGCCGCCUAUCAGUGCCAUAUAUGAGUGCUGCCUUUCAGUGCCCAUCAGUGAUGCCUGUCAAUGCCCAUCAGUGCCACCUACCAGUGCCUCCUCAUCAGUGCCCAUCAGUGCCACCUAUCAGUGCAGGCUAUCAGUGCCCAUCACUGCAGCCUCAUUAGCGCACAUCAGUGAAGGAGAAAAAUCACUUAUUUACAAAAUU